CCGCCCUUCCUCCUCCCCCCUUUUUCCCCCACCCCCCCCUCUGCUCCGCGCGCGAGAAAGAAAAAGCCCACCAUGUCCACCAUCCAGACCUCCGACAAGACGACGGAGCAGGCCCCCGUCCUGCCGCAGGUCCCCGGCGCCGUUGUCGCCAAGCUGGUCAUGUUCAGCAUCGCCAUGCUUGCCCUGCCGCUGAUCACCUACUUCGUCAGCACCAACGUCUUCAAGUUUGGCACCUAUUGGGCGGCUGGCUUCACCGUGGCCAUGGUUCACCUGGUCCUCUUCGCGUACAUCGUGGUGGCCGUCAUCGAGGACCGUUCCACCGCCGAGGAUGUUGCCCGGCACAAGAAGUCCCUGGCCAAUGCCGCGGCCGCCGCCACCGGGGAGGACGACGACGAGAGCACCACGCAGGUGGUCUCCAAGUCGUCGGGCGGUGCCUCCAAGCGCCGCUCGAACAAGUGAGCCCUGGCCAUGGGGCCGGCGCGCACGCAUGACCACGCCCCCGCCCCAUCUGCCGCGUCCACGCACACCCGCACCCGCACCCGCACGGCAGCAUGCAAUACAAAUAGACUUGUCCCCUCCCCC